AAGCAUAAGUUCGGUUGGAAACAUAACGUGUGUACGAUAAUGGCAGUUUGGGAGACAAUAGCUGGAUGGAUGUGGUACAGUGCGAUAUUCAUCCUUUCGGCAGUUUUAAUACUUUUUGCUUGUUACUGUCUUUACAUCAAAUAUGUACAUCAGAAAUAUGAUCACAUACCUGGACCUCCGAGGGAAAGUUUUCUGCUUGGGCAUGGGCCGAUAUUUGUGGAACAGACGAAAAAGAAUACAGUUCUACACGAAAAACUCCUGGAAUGGACAGAAAAAUAUGGCCCAGUGUAUCGCCUAAAUUUUCUACACUACGUAACAGUAAUGACCGUGGACCCCGAGGCAACAAAGGAGAUCCUCAUGUCACCAAAAUAUCCUAAAGACCCAACAGUCUACAAGCGUCUCUUCAACUUGUUUGGACAAAGGUUUCUUGGAAAUGGACUUGUGACAGUCGCAGACCAUGAUUUGUGGUACAAACAGCGUAGAAUCAUGGACCCUGCCUUCAGCAGCUCGUAUCUGCGGGGUCUAAUGGGCAUCUUCAAUGAGAAGGCUGAGCGUUUGAUGGUGAAACUGGCAGAGAUGGCUGACAAACAAACACCAGCCCACAUGCACGGCUUAGUGAACUGUGUAACUCUGGAUGUCAUCACAAAGGCGGCCUUUGGAGUUGAUUUGGACAUGGUGAAGAAUAACAACCUUCCCUUCCCAAAUGCCAUAGAACUUUGUCUGAAGGGCAUGGUAUACUACCUCAGAGAUCCAGUGUAUGAGUUUUUACCAUGGAACAGGAAGGUUGUGCAGGACAUCAAGGAGGCAGCCCAGCUUCUCCGUAGAACAGGGAGGGCCUGGAUAAAUGAGAGGAAGAAGGCAAUGGAAAAUGGUGAAGAUGUCCCUAAAGACAUUCUCACACAAAUCCUCAAAUCAGCUGAGGAGACUAAAUUUGAUGAUGAUAGUCAAGAACUUAUGCUGGACAACUUUGUGACGUUCUUUAUUGCAGGACAAGAAACAACAGCCAAUCAGCUGUCGUUUGCCAUCAUGGAACUUGGAAAGCAUCCAGAGAUAAUGAAAAGGCUUAAGGCAGAGGUGGAUGAAGUUCUUGGGAAGAGACAAGAAAUCUUGUACGAGGAUCUUGGAAAACUAACUUAUUUGUCUCAGGUGUUAAAGGAGACUCUCCGACUAUAUCCAACUGCCCCAGCGACGUCUCGCUGGGUAGCUGAUGACAUGGUCAUAGAUGGGAUCAAAAUCCCUGGAGGAUUUGUAAUUAUUUUUGAUACAUAUGUAACAGGUAGGAUGGACAGAUUUUUCAAAGACCCACUGACGUUUGACCCAAAGAGAUUUGACCUUAAUGCUCCCAAGCCUUACUUCUGUUACUUUCCAUUUGCACUGGGCCCACGGUCAUGUCUCGGCCAAGCCUUCUCUCAGAUGGAGGCUAAGGUUGUGAUGGCUAAGCUGCUGCAGAGGUUUGAUUACUCUCUGGUCCCAGGUCAACCCUUAGACAUUGAGGAUAUUGGAACUCUGCGACCCCGGGGUGGAGUGAUUUGCAGGAUGAAACAAUGUGAUUAAAACUGAAGAACUACUAGAACAACUUAGCUGGUCUCUUCAGGAAUCAUAAUACCUAAAAUAUUAUUUAACUCUCUUAUGCAGAUAACAAUCAUAGUGUUUGUAAUUGUAGAGAAUCCUCAUUAUCGGUAACAAAAAGAUCAUCAUACAUCACAAAUUGUUAAUGAAUGUACUAUCUUGUAUUUUAACAUAUUAGGAACAGUAGAGUAUUAUUAAUAUUGCUCAGAAUAGACUCUUGGCAUUUUGUUUGACAAACAAUCUGUGUACAUUUUGAGAUCAUAAUACUGUCUCCAAUUUUGUUAGUGAUUCAUCAUUUCUCUAUUCCUGGUAUCAAAUCUCAUUGGCUUUAUGCUGA